GCUUGUGAUCAUGUUUUUAUAUUGUGCUUAGAUGACCGCAAUGGAUCAUCUAGCACGUCAUCAUGCGAGUAUGGCUCUGUCCAGACAGGGGAUAUUGCAAAUAACAACACGAUCACGUUUGAUAGUAGUAUCGGUGGGACUGAAAACCCCAUGGUAUUCUCAUUCUCAAAGUGGCCGGGAUCAAUGAAACUGAAGGUUCUGGUAGAAGACUUUGAUCCUCUGAAAGAAAACGACUUUGUAAGUUUCCACCAGAUAUUCAUAGAGCAGACACCGUCAAGUUCUAGAUCGACCGCUGGAGAAAAAAAUGUUACAAUACAUAAUCGAACGAGUUUAUCUCUGACAUUCAAAGUAUAUUGUGACCCAAUGUAUUAUGGCCCCGAUUGUACGGUAUUCUGUCAACCAAAAGAUGAUUACAGAGGACACUAUACAUGUCACAAUAAGACCGGAGAGAAAUUGUGUAUAGCAGGUAAACAAUGA